UUAAAUCUUAACUAGGGCCUAGGCGUAAUAAUAAAAAAAAAAAAAAAAAAAAACAUUAUGUAAAAAUUUAAUUUAUUCAGUGAAAAGAAGUUGAAUAUUAAAGCAAUCCGUAAAUGGUGUUUAAUCUUUAAAUCGCAUACAUAGUGUUAUAGUGUACAUUAAUUUUUUAAGAUCGCAAAUUGUGCUUCCUAUCAUCAUCCACGUAGAAAUUUAACCAAGCAUUUUUAAAAGCAUAUUUUGAAGAUUUUUUGUGCAUAUAAAUCGGGUCCCUUGUCAUGACAUUGUAUGAUUAGGUAAACAGAUUGAUCAUUAAAAAUGGAAUCCUUUAAGAUAAAAUAACGAUUGUAAUCGUUUAUCGUUACCACACUGAAGGUAUAAUAUAAUGUUUUCGUAUGAAACACUAGCGUAUGACCUCUGUCAAAUCUGUUUUUAAAUAAGGGUUCUUUGGUUCUUAACCAGUAGCGUCUUAAGUCUUUCAUGCGCUCAGAACGAUAUGGGCAUUUUGAAAUUUGAAAAUACAUAAUAUGAUGAUCAACCUCACCACUGUAGAAUCGCACAGUUGUGACUGCAAUUUAUAACUCAAAAUCGUUGAUUACGCGCAACCAUUUCAAGGUCUAAUAAAAUAAUGAAUCCAGGAAAUAAAAAUAUUGACCUUUGGUCAAUAGAAAAAUGUGUAUUUUGUAAUGGACGAUUAGAGAAAAAUUCAAAAAUCCUUAAUUGUCUUCAUGGUAUUUGUAAGGAUUGCGUACCAGAAGAUGUAACUGAUUCAGAUAAAAACCUAGGUAUACUAUGUAAAUGUGGAAUAGUGACUAUCAGUGAACUCAUUAGUUACCCAAUUGUGUCAUCAGUUGAAUCAACAGUUGAAAAAUGUUUUGAACAAAAUUGUGAUGAAAUUGCAAACAAAAUCUGCAUAUCUUGUAAUAGCUUGUAUUGUAAAUCAUGUUCAAAGAUACAUCUAAAUAUCAAUCAGGAUCAUAAACCUAUAUUAAUGAAAACUUAUCCAUUGAAAGAAGAAUUUAUUCCAUGUCCAGAGUGUACUGAAAAAUGUAUAGAAGUAUAUUGUCUAAGAUGUUCAAAAAUGAUUUGUCCUCUUUGUCAUUUAAAUAAACACCGAAGUCAUGGUUUUAAAAUUCUUAAGACUAUGGCCGACGAAACCAAAUUAAAAUUAAAUAUGGAUCUACUUAAAGUAAGAAAAAAUAACAUUUUUUUAGAUUCUUUGAAUGAAAAAUUAAGUCAAGAUAUUGAAAAUCUGCAAUUUCAGAAGGAUCAAAUUAAUGAAAAAAUUAAUGAAGCUAUGAAUCUGUUAUAUCAAGAAAUUUAUAAACGCUCACUUGAACUAAAAACAUCACUUGAAAUACAUUUCACAGAUCUUGUUGGUAAAAUUAUUAUAAAUAAAGAAGUCCUUAAUGAUUUUAAAAAAGAAAAUGAGUAUUAUUUUAAUUUGACAAAUUCUAUUAUUGACAAUAAUAAAACAUUUGACAUUGUUAAAAUUUCAAAAAAUGUCACAGAUAAAAUGACACUUUCUAGAAGCUAUAUUGAUAAUAUGCCUAGAGAAAUAGUAAGUUUUAAUGCUAGUUUGGAAUAUAAUAAUCAUGAACAAUCCAUAAGAGAAUGUAUUGAAAAAUUUCGAGGAAUUGGAAAUAUAACUUCAACACCAGUUGUUAGUUUACCAGAUUAUAGAAUAAUGGUAAAUAAUGCUCAACAACCUCUUCGAAAAAAUCAACCUCUCAAUUCAACUCCGAUAAUGGAAGAGAUUAAACCAGAAAUAGAAGAUAUUAAGGAAGAAAUAGAAGAAGUAGAAGAAAUGGAAGAAAAUAAUUUAUUUAAUUUAUUUUCGCAGUCUGAUUCUGAUAGUUCGGAAUAUGAACCACUUUUAAAUUGUUCUUGUUGUAAUCAAUGGACUGUUGAUGAACUACUAAAUUGUAAGGGUUGUAAUAGGUUUUAUCAUAAUGACUGUCAUAUUCCUCUUAUAGACAAGGAGCUUGUACCUGACAAUCCAUUAUUGAACACGUGGACAUGUACUCUUUGCCAAGACAUUUCAUCUCAUGUUGAAGUUUUACUUCAAAAGGAUGUUACAGCUUAUUUUGUCAGUGGUCAUUCUGAACAAAAACUCAUUGAACGCAUAUUAAUGAUGUUGUAUUGUCAAAAUGAAGAUAGUGAACACUAUCGAGAAUGUUUGAAUAGAGCAACUUAUCCACAUUAUUAUGAAAUAGUUGAAGAACCUAUAUCAUUGAAUGAUGUAAAAGAACGUUUUGUAUCUACUUCAUCGUAUAUAUCACUUAUUGAUAUACUUAAAGAUAUACAUAAAGUGUUUAAAAAUGGGAUGGAUUAUUUUGAUAUGAAUGAUCCAUAUUAUAAGUCUGCUUAUGAACUUCAGCUUUCUUUCCAUGGAAUGGUAACUUUAUGGUUACCAAAAAUUGAUUUAGAGAGUUUAGAUGUAUAAAAUGUAGAAUAAGUAAUGUUUGAACCCACAGCACCCUCAGUGCGCUUCGGAUGGAACAAAAUUCACAGCCCUAUCAUGAUUCAAUGCAGUGGGCGGAACUUGUUUGAUUUUACAAAACAUAUGCAUUCUUAGUGCCUCCUUCAUGUUAAUUAUUUAUUUAGUCAUAUUAUUGACAAGUCAUCUAAAUAUUUUUUAUUUAAA